GAGUGGACGUCGACAACUCCCUGCACGCCCCAACGAUGCCGCCGUCGCAGUUGAAGCAGCUUAAGGCCUCUCUUCGAGAUGGAGGACUGCUAGGCCCCCAGCAGUCCAAGAAGCAAAAGCAGCAGAAUGCAAAGUCCGGCGUUGCUGCGCAGAACCGCAUUCAGCGCAACAACGCCCUGCAGGCUAUCCGCGAUCGAUUCAAUCCCUUCGAGAUCAAGACGACUUCGCGGCCGAAGUUCGAUGUAACUACCCGCGAUGUGCCUAAGAAGAACGCCGGUCAGGCCAGACCUGGUGUGACCAAGUCCUACGGUGAAGAGAAGAGGCGUCAAACCCUUCUUCAGGAGAUGAACCGGCGAAACAAAGUUGGCGGUAUUCUCGAUCGUCGUUUUGGUGAGGACGACCCGACGAUGACGCCGGAGGAGAGAGCGGCCGAGCGGUUCGCCAGACAAAGCCAGAAGAAACUGAGGAAGGAAUCUAUGUUCAACCUUGAGGACGAUGACGAGGAGUUUCAGCUCACUCACAUGGGAGAAACCCUGUCCUUCGGAGAGGGUGUCAACCUAGAUGAUUUCCAGGAGGGUGAUCUUGGGGCGGAGGAGGACAACGAUGACGAGGAGCUGCCCAGGAAGAGGAAGCGGAUGUUGGAGGAUGAGGAUGAUGAUGCUGAUUUGGCGGACAUGAUUUACGACGACGAAGAGGGAGAAGAACUGCCCGAGCGAAAAAAGUCGAAGAACGAGGUCAUGAAGGAGGUUAUCGCCAAGUCGAAGUUCUACAAGCUCGAGCGGCAGAAGGCCAAAGAGGAUGACGAUGAUCUCAGAGAAGAGCUCGACAAGGGACUUCCCGAUCUGUUUGAUAUGCUGAGGGGUGUCAAGCCACCACCCAAGCCAGAGCCCCCCAAGGAUGAUCUAGCGGCAAUGAAUCCCGAGCGGGCCGCUAUAUUGCAAGGGAAAAAUCCCGAUGAUGCCGAAAAGGAGUACGAUCAGCGCUUAAAGCAGUUAACCUUCGACAAGCGGUCCGCACCCACGGAUCGUACCAAGACUGCUGAGGAAAAGGCAGAGGAGGAGGCUCAGCGCCUGAAGACUCUUGAAGAAGAGCGGCUUCGACGUAUGCGUGGCGAGGAGUCAAGUGAAUCCGAAGCCGAGGUGGCGGAGGAGGAGGAAGAUGAGGACGAGGACGGUGAGGGAUCAGACGAUGAGUCAGUCUUCGACGACGCAAAGGCUUUCGGCUUGCAACAGCCUACCGAGGCGGUCACUCGUCCUGAGCUUGGGGUCGAAGACGAAGAUGAUUUCAUUAUCGAUGACGAUCUUGUGGAGACGAGGUCAGAUGUGAGUCUGUCUUUCGAUGAGGAUGAGGACAUGGAAUCCGGUGUAGGUUCGGAGGAAGAGGAGAAUGAAGAUGAGCAAGAUGAUGAGCUUAUCAACGGAUUCUCGAUUCCUGGACUCAACGAUGGAGAUGCCACAGCAGCGGCAGACGGCGCUAGAGAGGUCAGCGAUGGUCUGGCAUUCACAUAUCCAUGCCCCGGUAGCCACGAAGAAUUCCUAGAGAUCAUCAAAGAUGUUCCAAUGCAGGAUCUCCCGACCGUGAUUCAAAGGAUUCGAGCCCUGCAUCACCCCCGUCUUCACAGCGACAACAAGACCAAGCUUAGCCGCUUUGCCGGCAUUCUCGUCCAACACGUCGCAUAUAUGACUGAACUAUCGGACCACCCUCCUUUCUCGAUCGUGGAGAACAUCCUUCGUCACAUCCACUCUAUGGCCAAGAGCCACCCUGAAAGCGUUUGUCAGGCAUACAGAGCCCAUUUGCGCCAAAUUGCGACUGACCGUCCUCUAAACCUUCGCCCCGGCGACCUGGUCAUCCUGACCGGCAUUGCGACGACGUUCCCAACUUCUGACCACUUCCAUGCCAUCGCAACGCCCGCCCAUCUCUGCAUUGCCAGGUAUUUGGGCCAGGGUGCUGUCGACAACCUUAACGACUUCGCAACGGGCGCCUACGCAGCCAGUCUCUGCCUGCAAUACCAGGCCAUCUCAAAGCGCUACAUGCCAGAAUUCAUCAACUACUCACUGAACGUCCUCUACCACCUCAAUCCGGAGGAGCAGACCGACGCAUCCGCCAUGGGAUUCUUUCCCUUUCGGAGUCCAUCUACGUCUCUCCAACUGAACCUUUCUUCCAAGCCCAUCUCUUCCCGCAGACUUCGAUUCUGGGACGUGGCGGAUGCGCCUGAAGACGAGGACCAACUCAAGCUCUCCAUCAUCAAUACUCUUGUCAACCUUCUUUCCUCCGCCUCUGAUAUUUGGUCUGGCAAGUCCGCCUAUACCGAGAUUUUUUCCCCCGUAGAGAAAGUCCUCUCCUGCCUUUUCCAAGCUCUCGACAUCACCACCAAGGGCAAGGGUAAAGCCAGCAAGAACCUCAUAUCCUCCUCCGUGCUCGAUUCCUUCAAGUCGACCCUCGACAAGAUCACCGCGCAACUCUCCCAAGCCCGCCACGCCCGUCGGCCCCUCCUCCUCCAUAACCACCGGCCCCUCGCUAUUAAGACCGCGAUUCCCAAGUUCGAGGAAUCCUUCAAUCCCGACAAGCAUUAUGAUCCCGACCGCGAGCGCGCUGAGGCCAACCGUCUCAAGGCGGAGUACAAGCGCGAGCGCAAGGGUGCCAUGCGCGAGCUCCGCAAGGACGCCAACUUCAUUGCGCGCGAGAAGCUGCGCGAGAAGAAGGAGCGCGAUGCGGAGUACGAACGCAAGUACAAGCGCCUCGUGGCCGAGGUGCAGAAUGAGGAGGGCAGGGAGGCGAAUGCUUAUGAGAGAGUCAAGAGGAUGCGACAGGGCAAGCGGUGAUCACGACGAUCUUGGCGCCUCUUCCCCCCGACUCCAUGACAUAGAUGCAUCUUUCCCCUUCGCUGGUUUUGACCUCGAUGUGUCUCUUGCAAGCCGGUCUUGGGUGCGUAGAUGGGUGGACUGCUUCGAGAGUUUCGCCUUCGCGUCCCACCCGACAUCUUGUAGUAUGCUCUGGCACAUCUAUGUAUAUAUCUACCUUUUCUUUAUAUCUACUACAGUAUUUUGUCG